CCGAGCUUCUCGGGGCAAAGGGGCUUUCCCCUCACAGAGGCGAAGCCCACGGGCUACACUCCCCGCCUCCAGCUGCCCGCGGGUUCCCUAAAACGCUUUCGGAAAACUCUAGAUCUGUCUUGGGGAGGUAGCACCCACGGUGAAACCCAGCCCCGUUGGGACGCAGCUCUGACUCUGACAAAUGCGUCCUACAGAGCGACCGCCAUCACAGCCAAGGCACACAGUCCCACAGCUCCGGAAGGUUCCCUCCUGCCCUUUUGUGGCCAAGCCCUCACCCGCCCCCGGCAACCAGUGACCUGUGCUUUGUCCCUGUGAACUUGAUGUUUUGUAGCGAAGUGAAAAGCCCACGCUGAGCGGCCCCGGCCAUGGCUGGUCUGAGGUCCGGCCGGCCCGCCUGCAUCAGGGCCGCGUUUGCUAGCACCAGGGCCGGCUUCCAGAAGAGGUGGAGGAACACACCCCAUCGCUUCAAGGCCAAUCACAGAAAGAAUCACAAGGACUUAAUUGAAGGUAUCUGGAGAGAGUUUUUAGAUCCUUACGACGGCCAGUCUUCGGAAGAUACCCCCAGCCAUUCUGUCUACAGUCUCAGCACCUGUUGUCCGGGCGACGUGACCUGUGUUGUGCCUUCACACGCACCGACGUCCAGGAGUCCAGGAGAGGUCCGCGUAGAAGAUCCUCUCUCCUCAAAAAUCCCAGACCACCUCCUCAAAGCUGCCAGCUGGGGCCCUGCGUCCCCGGAGGCCGACGACGUGGACAUGUGGCCUGUCGAGGCCAGCGGCCCCGAGGCGCCAGGGUGGCCAGCCGGGCCGUCCGGAGCCCCAGAGGACCAGAGAAUGACGGAGGAGGGGUGGCCCAGGGCAGCCGGUCCCCUCCUCCCCGCCGCGGAGCCCUCUGAGCCCGGCAGACACACGCAGGGCAGGACCAGAGGGUCCUGGCCGCCUCCCAGACUUGGGAGCGAGAAGGACAAGGGGCCCAAGCUCAUCCUCUUCAAGAGGAAACUGGAACUCUUACUUGCAGAGCCCGAGAAAAGGAAGAGGAAGAAGCAGUAUGUGGCCUAGACCGAGGUGAGCGGAGUUGGCUCGGGAAGGAGGUGCCCGUUGGCCAAAGCCAACGCUGACGGACUUGUAUCAAUGGAACACUUGCCCUUUGUGUGUCUUAAACAAUGAACACCUGGGUGCCCACCUGUUUGCUUACAAACGGGUUUCCGGUGGAGGAAAGGUCCUG